CGGCUCCAGUGGCUUCCACACGCGGGGCUGACACCCAUUCAUCCGGCCAGAGCUUUCUGGGGCUGUUUUACCUCAUAUCAGGAGCGAUUGAGGCGAAGCUUAACCGGAGACUCUGUUUCUAACCAGAGUCGCGCUCUUUGACGGUAGAACUCGGUUCAGGAUCUAUUUUUCAUUAUCCCGCGCGCGCUCUCGUAACGGUGAGCGCGCCCGCGCUAAUUAGCUUACUAGCUUGUAGAUGCUAUUCUUCACCGGACUGACAAGCUCAACGUGUGGAUGUAUACCUGCCCUUCUGCAGUUACAUUGACACAAUGGCCCGCUGCUCAUUCUGUGUGAUUGCUCAGCAACAGAGAAACAUCAACAAUUGCAGUACAAUUACAGGAUAGCAAUAAGCCCCCUUGCUACCUCUCUUUACCUUGUACAUCCUGUCUUGUACAUCCCAUAUCUUUUUAAUUUGCACUGUUAAAUCCUGUUUUGAACAGGUGGAUCACAAGACACAUUAUUUAUUUUUUUAACUCAUACCUCUAUAGUUUUCUAACUUCUAUUUAGAUCAAAAACAUAGUUUAGUCACCCCUUUGACAGGCAUUCAUACCCUUUAAGAUUGUGAAAGAAGUUGCUUGAUACUUGCAAAAAAUGGUUUCUAUCGCAACCGCACGUUCGGUGAUACUAGCCACCACGCUGGCUACCACCACUGUAGCAGCCCCUUCUGCUCUGACAGACUACAUGUGGCUAUUGAUUGUUGGCUUUAUCAUUGCCUUCAUCUUGGCCUUUUCUGUUGGAGCCAAUGAUGUUGCCAACUCAUUUGGCACAGCCGUUGGUUCCGGGGUGGUCACCUUACGGCAAGCUUGUGUACUGGCCACAAUUUUUGAAACGCUGGGCUCUGUACUUCUUGGGGCCAAAGUGAGCGAAACCAUCCGGAAGGGUAUCAUUGAUGUAGGCAUGUACAACGGCUCGGAGCAUGUGUUGAUGGCUGGAUCCGUCAGUGCGAUGGUUGGCUCGGCUGUGUGGCAGCUGGCAGCCUCCUUCCUUAAGCUGCCCAUCUCUGGAACACACUGUAUUGUUGGUGCUACUAUUGGCUUCUCUCUGGUUGCUAGAGGACAACAGGGAGUCAGGUGGUUGGAACUUCUCCGUAUUGUUGCGUCCUGGUUCCUCAGUCCUCUUCUGUCUGGCAUAAUGUCUGCCAUUGUGUUCUACUUUGUCCGCAUGUUCAUUUUGCAUAAGAAAGAUCCGGUACCAAAUGGACUGAAGGCCUUGCCUGUCUUCUAUGCCAUAACCAUGGGAAUCAACCUGUUUUCCAUCAUGUUCACUGGGGCUUCAAUGCUGGGAUUCGACAAGAUCCCGUGGUGGGGAACCCUGCUCAUCUCACUGGGUUGCUCUCUCGUCACUGCCAUAAUCGUCUGGUUUGUCGUCUGUCCUCGACUCAAGAAAAAGAUAGAAAGAGAUAUCAAGUCCUCCAGCCCUUCUGAGAGCCCCCUGAUGGAGCAGAAGACGCUGAAAGAGGCUCACUGUCCAAUCCUGAAGCAGACUGCUAAGGAGGUGUUGAUGCCUGCGCCGGCUGCUGUUGGUCAGAACUCCUCGGGCCAGCCCCAGGAAGCCCCUGAGCAGCGCCGGGUGGCGUUUGACAUCGGAGACUGUGAUGAUGCCGAGAAUGUGAAAGAGCGAAAGGUGGCAUUUGACAUUGGAGAUUCUGACGAUGCAGAUGACAGCGACACAAUACCCAAGUUACCACAGUUAAACACUCAAGUCCAGGAAAACAACCAGCACAGCAACGGCUCUGCCAACCAAGUCGCAUCGAAACACCAGGAUCAGUUCAACAACAGGCCCGCGCAAAUGCCAAGUAACGGCUACAGCCAAUACCACACAGUCCACAAGGACUCGGGUCUUUACAAGGACCUGCUGCACAAGCUCCACCUGGCUAAAGUCGGUGACUGCAUGGGCGAGGCAGGAGACCGACCAAUCAGAAGAAACAACAGUUACACCUCAUACACCAUGGCCAUCAUCGGCAUGCAUGCAGACUUCAAACAGAAGGAUGGUGGGCUGCGUUCAAACGAGGAUGGAGAGAAGGUCCCGGGACCUGGCCAGGACAGGAAGCGCGUGCGUAUGGACAGUUACACCAGCUACUGCAACGCGCUGGCAGAGCAGACAACUCCCGAUGCCUUGGGCGACUGCGACACGAGUCUGGACAUGGGCGACGACAACCCUGGAAGCAGCCGAAGUUCACUGGAUGAAGACGGACUCGAGGAGGACAAGCCGGAAGUGUCGACUCUCUUCCAGUUCCUCCAAAUUCUCACCGCCUGUUUCGGAUCGUUUGCCCACGGAGGAAAUGACGUGAGCAACGCCAUUGGACCCCUGGUUGCCCUGUGGCUCAUCUACACAACCAGCAGUGUAAUGUCUAAUGCAGACACGCCCAUUUGGCUGCUGUUGUACGGUGGAGUGGGAAUAUGUGCUGGACUGUGGGUGUGGGGCCGCAGAGUCAUCCAGACGAUGGGCAAAGACCUCACUCCCAUCACCCCCUCCAGUGGUUUCAGCAUUGAACUGGCGUCUGCCCUCACUGUGGUGGUUGCUUCUAACAUUGGUCUGCCUGUCUCCACCACCCACUGCAAGGUUGGUUCCGUGGUGGCCGUCGGGUGGCUGCGCUCCAGGAAGGCGGUGGACUGGCGUCUGUUCAGGAACAUCUUCGUGGCCUGGUUUGUGACUGUGCCCAUUUCCGGGCUGAUCAGUGCAGCCAUCAUGGCAAUCUUCAUCCAUGGCAUCUUUGGAUGAACAAGAAAAAGGAGGUGUCCCCCAGGAGAGGUCAGGUGAGAGAUGCUGCUUCGAUGUGCACCACAAGAGGAGAAAAGACUGGGUCCAAAAUCUUGUCUUGCAUCGCGCCAACGCUGCGAGGAGUAGAAAACGAUUGACGGAGCAUGCGAGACUGGCUUGCUGUUCUUGACUGACUCGCUCACCAACCAGAAUCUUCCGUUUCCUCUGUUUUGGGCCUCACAACUUUAAGAAGUUAUAUCUUUGCGCUGGAUUGUUUUUCACAUGACAACUGUUUAGUUUGUACACCACCGACUUUUUUUCUUUUACUCUUUUUUUUUUUUUUUUUUUUUUUUUUUUUUACUUUGCAACUAUGUAAUAUUAAUCAUUACAGUUUUGAUUUCGUGUAACAAUAAAAUGCAGUAUUAGUCUUAUGCUAAUGUAUCCUGCAGAAGGUGCAGAUGCAGAGUUUUUUUUUUUUUUUUUUAUAGGUGCCACACAUUUCAACAGGAGUGUGUGUAUUGUUCUAUUAACAUUUUUCUUUUAAUAUCAUUUUUUUUUUUUUACCCAAUCGUGAUGGUUUGCUUUCAUUGAUGUCCGGGGAUGUUUGAGAAAACGUUCCUGUCAUAGUUAACAUUUGAUAUCAACAUUAUCAAAGUUGUUGAACCAUGCUAUCAACACUACUUGUACAGACUGAAUAUUGAAGUGAAAUACUGCAUUGCAGAGAACCUGAGUUCACGUAUCAUCUCAGUCUCUGCAUUUUAGAAGAGUGCAGAGCCGGAAAUAAAUGACUUGAAUUUCAGUAGUCUAAAAGAAUGUCCGUUCUGGUGGGAAAAUACUUGUUCAUGACCUUAAAGUUCCUGUUCAAACUUGAUUGCAUCAUUUUGAUGGUCAGAUGCAUUGGGAUACUUCAGCCUUCGCUUUUUCAGUCACCUCCAAUGAUCCAUGUUCCAAAAUCUUGUGUCUGUCUUUUUUUAAAUUGCUUUAAAAAAACUCUUUGGAGAUUUGGUUUUGAGAUGACCUAUGUUGUGUUCCACCUGCGUGUGGUUAUUUUUGGCUGCAGUCCUUAAAUGCAUUUCUGAACCGUAGAUGCUGUAGUUGCCUUAAUUGAUUUGUUUUCCCUUUAGGUACCAAAGAUUUUUUUUUUUAUGCACAACAGAAUUAGGAUGAUGGGGGCGACGGGUUAAAAAAAAACAAAAUGAAAAUAAAAAUGGGAAAAUA